UAGUAGGAGUAGUUGAUAUGGACCGAUAAUAUCUUCGUCUCGCAUACAAAGCCCACUUGACUGCACUGGCACUCAGUUUUCGCCGGCGCUAUGGCGGCCCCCCUCCUUCGUGCUGCCCUAUCAACUAGAAAGACCCUUCUUACACUCCCCAACCUCCCCUCCCCUUCCCUUUUCUCUACCGCCUGUAGGAAAACCCUCAAUCUACCGCCGCCGCUGGCCAAAAAGGUUCCUUUCUCGGCAACAGCGCACGGUGUGACGUGGCAGGACCCCUACCAUUGGAUGUGCAACACCAACGACCCCGAUUUCAUCAGCUACAUCAACCAAGAGAACUCCUACGCCGAUGCAUUCAUGCGAGAAACCCUAGAAUUGCAGAACACACUUUAUUCCGAGAUGCUUUCCAGAUUGCCCCCCGAUAUCACCACCCCUCCCCAUCGUUGGGGGCCCUGGUUGUAUUAUCAGUGCAUUCCAGAGGGGAAGGAGUAUCCCAUCUUAUAUAGGAAGCCGGCAGUUGAGAGAAAGGGUUGGAUAGCAUCAAUUUUCACUUCUUCCGGAGGUGGAUUUGGCAGGGAACAAGUGUUGCUCGACUGGAAUGAUAUUGCAGAAAAACACGGAUAUGUCCAUGUGAAUACCUGCAGAGUAUCACCAGACCACAGGUUUCUUGCAUAUACAGUUGACACCAAAGGUGACGAACAAUUUCAGCUUCAAAUAAAGGACAUUGCCAAUGAUUCAGUUCUUCCCCAACCGAAAGUUACCGGUGUUGUUAGUUUGGCUUGGGCUCAGGAUAGCUCUACUCUAUUUUAUACAUUAUGCGACCAAAACCUACGGCCUUACAGGGUAAUGUGCACCAAAUUGGGAUCACAUUCUGGGGAUGAUGCUGUGAUACUUACAGAAAAUGAUUCCUGCUUCUGUUUAGAUAUUGCAAGUACGAAAGAUGGGAAGUUUAUAACAGUGAAUUCUAAUUCAAGGACAUCAUCUGAGGUUUGGUUCAUAAAUGCAAGCAACCCGCAUGCUGGGCUGCAGAGAUUUUGUCGUCGUGUCUCUGGAGUUCAGUACUUUUUGGAGCAUCAUCGUGGCAUUUUUUACGUCCUUACUAAUGCUCCUACAUGUAAAGAUAAGAAGUUUUCAGGCAUUGGAUUAUAUUUAGCCAGAUGCAGAGUUGAGGAUGCACAAUCAACUAAUUUGGAAGAUUUCUUCAUUCCGGGUGAUGAUAUGUGUUUAUGGGAUAUGGAUAUUUUCAACGGGCAUCUGGUCCUCUUCCUCACCAAAAACGGCUCGGCUUCAGCAUGCUCUAUCAACAUGCCAAUUGAUUUUGACAAUGAGAAUGAAAUGGAGAUUGAUGGUCUCGAUCCUUGGUUUUUUCCUCUGCCCUCUGAUAUGUGUAUAAUCAAACCUGGUCUGAAUGACGACUUCAUGAACACUGUAUACCGUGCUGUCCUGUCGUCUCCUGUGAUACCUGAUUUUACGGUUGACUAUGAUAUGUCGACUAGAACCUUCUCCAUUGCUCACCAGGAAGACGUGAGAAACAUUUCAGCAACAGAUGUCCAGGGUGGUGGGAGUGUUGGGUGGAAGGAGUGGAAGGACAUCUAUGAGAAAUAUUCUCGUUAUGAAGAGGAAGUGACGACCACAGAUAUGCAUAAAAAUGAAAGUGUUUGGUGGAAGGAUUAUUCUGAGAAAUAUUAUUGCACAACGAAGGAAGUGAUUUCCCACGAUGGUGUCAGAAUCCCGAUGACCAUCCUUUACUCUCGGGCUGCAUAUCGAGAGGGUCAAUCUCCUGGGCUUCUUCAUGGAUAUGGUGCCUAUGGUGACGAUUUGGAUAAAAGCUGGUGUCCUGACCAGUUAAGCUUACUUGACCGAGGUUGGCUCUUGGCAUUUGCUGAUGUAAGGGGUGGUGCUGGUCCGGAUUGUUCAUGGCAUGAAUGUGGUCGUGGAUUGAACAAAUUGAAUUCCAUACAAGAUUUUGUCUCGUGUGCUCAAUCUCUAAUUGAUGAUGGCCUAAUCCAUAAAGACCGGUUGAGUGCUCUGGGUGUGAGUGCUGGGUGUUUACUUGUUGGGGCAGCUGCCAACAUGCAUCCGCAACUGUUUCGUGCUGCCAUUUUGAAGGUCCCUUUCCUUGAUGUUCUUAGCUCACUACUGGAUCCAAGUUUACCUCUUACUACACUGGAUUAUGAAGAAUUCGGAAAUCCUCAGAAUCAAUCUUGCUUCGAAUACAUUCUCAAGUACUCUCCUUAUGAAAACAUUCCUGAGGGAGCAUGCUGCCCUUCAAUGCUCGUCUCGGCUGCAUUCAACGAUGCCCGGGUUGGCGUUUGGGAAUCUGCGAAAUGGGUGGCUAAGGUGCGCGACACAACAUGUCCGAGCUGCUCGUCUGCAGUCAUCCUACGAACCAGCAUGGACGAAGGGCAUUUUGGCGGGGGUGGCCGUUUCGCUAGUUGCCGGGAAAAAGCGUUUGAUUAUGCUUUUCUAAUUAAGAAUACCGACUUGCAGAAAGUUUGAAUCUUACCUGAAUGAAAGAAUUUGCAGAAAGCUCGAAUCUCAUGUUUUAAAUUUGGAAAUGGAUGUUUUGAAGCCGUGCUACUAAUCAAAUCUUUCAGCCUUUUCAAGCUAGGUCUAAGUCUUCACGACUGAUGGCGUUGUGAAACGUCCCGACUGGUUGGUUGCUGGACGGUGUAAGGAUUAUAUGAUCCUGUGAAACACGAGAUUAGUGUCGUGAAGCAAAAGAUGGAGGAGAAUGUCAAUACUUGAAUUGCGUAAUACUAACCUUAGCAGUUGGUGUGGCUCCUCUGUUUGCUCGUUUUCCAAGAUUGAUCUGGACCGUGAUGCUGGCUCGAGAGAGAUCCACGCCCGUGCUCUGAAGCGCUUGCGUCAAUGCAGCCAAUAAUCUGUUGACAGAUCACAUAUCCCAUAACCCCAGAGUUUAUAAGGGAAAGAGGAGUAUUUGAAAGAGAUAAAUUAAGGUGUAGGUUUUAAGACACUAAAUAAGUGAAAUGUUUAGCAGAUUCAUGAUUCAUGAUGCCCAAUGAUUGUUGAUUGUAUCUCAUUAAGGACUUACGAGCCCAAUUAUCAAGCUUACCAAAAAUUCUUCUAAACAAGACAAAGCAUGUAAACAACACCUGCAACAUUACAUGUACUCCCUCCGUUCCAUAGUAAUAUAGUCAUUUUACCAUUUUAGUA